AUGUCGGCCUCCCAAGAUAUCCUUUCGUCCAAUGGCGGCGAUAUCGUGGACUCUUUGGACCAGCUGAAGAUGGACGAGCGACUUGGCCCCGACGGCGAGCUCGCCCCUAAGACGGACGAAGAAUAUGCCCAGGCUCAGCUCACCUUGCGCGCCAUUGUUUCCUCCAAGGAAGCUGGUGUUAUCAUUGGAAAGGGCGGCAAGAAUGUUGCUGACCUCCGUGACGAAACCGGUGUAAAAGCCGGUGUUAGUAAGGUCGUCCAGGGCGUUCAUGACCGUGUCCUCACCAUCACCGGUGGCUGUGAUGCCAUCUCUCGGGCCUACGCCAUCGUUGCUAGAGCUCUUCUGGAGGGCGCACCCGCUGUCGGCAUGGGUGGCGUCAUUCAAAGCAACGGCACUCACCCUAUCAAACUCCUCAUCUCCCACAAUCAGAUGGGCACCAUUAUCGGUCGACAAGGUCUCAAGAUCAAGCAUAUCCAGGAUGUUUCCGGCGUCCGCAUGGUUGCGCAAAAGGAAAUGCUGCCCCAGUCAACCGAGCGUAUUGUAGAGGUUCAAGGCACCCCCGAAGGCAUCCAGCGAGCCAUCUGGGAGAUUUCCAAGUGCCUGGUUGAUGACUGGCAGCGGGGCACUGGCACUGUGCUUUACAACCCUGUAGUCCGAACCCAACCCUCCGGCUCUGGAAGCCUGGGUGGCUCCGGCUAUAACGGCGGCGGUCGUGGCGACUACGGAAGCCCUCGCGUGAUGCGCACCGGAAACGGGGCCGACUUUAGCAAUGGAGGCUCAAGGCCAUUCAGCCGCCGCUCAGAUUCCGACGCCGCAAACCGCGGUCCUCCAACCCACGACGAGAAUGGCGAGGAAAUUCAGACUCAGAACAUCAGCAUCCCCGCCGACAUGGUUGGAUGCAUCAUUGGUCGUGGUGGCAGCAAGAUUAGCGAUAUUCGCAAGACUUCCGGAGCUCGCAUCUCCAUUGCCAAGGCCCCCCAUGACGAGACCGGCGAGCGCAUGUUCACCAUUAUGGGCACUGCCAAGGCCAACGAGUCUGCACUUUUCUUGCUCUACGAGAACCUGGAGGCUGAAAAGAUGCGUCGCAGUCAGAUGCAAGACCAAGAGUAA